AUGUCUUGCGAAAAAGAGUAAGAGGUAGAGCUGUAUAAGGUUUUAGCUUUAUCUAAAGAUGUAGAUGAAGUAGUCCUCCCUAUCCUCAUUUACAUUUUAAAAACAAAGAGAAUUUAAGAGUGCCUAGAAUUUCUGUCAUAAGAUCAAAAUAAAUUCCUUUAAGAAAUAGAAAGAUAAAAGGGAGAAAAUUUAUCCCUGCUUGAUAAAGAAUAGACUGAGAAGAACAUUAAGAGAAUAAUGGACAUUCUCAAAAAAAUUAGGGAUCAUAAAUUUAAUAAACAGAAUUACUCGCUAGAUGAUAAUGAAGAAAUUAAAAAUGAUCUGAUCUUAUAAAUAUCAUGGGAUAAGAAAAUUAUCGAAUUUCUCAAAUAUUUAGUUCAUCUUACUGCCUUAGAUGACACAUAUAUUUAGUGUGGAUCAAAUUCUCUUCAUUUACUAAUUUAAAUGAAAGUUGAUUUGAGGGAAUAAAGUUUUGAGAAUAUCAGGAUAAGAGAUACCUCUUUAGUUGGUGGCAAUUUUGUAAGAUGCAAUUUGAAUGGAUCAGAAUUAGACAAUGUAGAUAUUAGUGGAAUGAACUUAAAUUAAGCUUAAUUAUUUAAUUGUAAGUGGAAAAAUAUCAAAAUACAUGAGUUAAAUAAAUUGGACGGUCAUGGUGGAAAUGUAAAUUCUGUAUGCUUCUCUUCAGAUGGUAAGUCUUUAGUUUCUUGCAGCUAUGAUAAUUCGAUUAUAUUGUGGGAUGUUAAUACUGGAAAAAAAAAGUUCAGAAUAAGGAUCAAGGAAGCAGUAAAAUCAGUAAGCCUCUCUACUAAUAAUAGUACACUAGCUUUCAGCAGCAGAGAAUUUGUGUAUCUAUGGAAUGUAAAAACUACAAAAUAAAAAGCAAAAUUAGGUGGUCAUUCAUCAGCUGUAUGGUCAGUCAAUUUCUCUCUUGAUGGUACUACAUUAGCAUCUGGAAGUGGAGAUAAAUCUAUCCGUUUAUGGGAUGUUUAGACAGGAAAAUAAAAAGCCAAAUUAGAUGGUCAUUCAAAUUGGGUUUCAUCAGUCAAUUUCUCUCCUGAUGGUACUACAUUAGCAUCUGGUAGUAAUGAUAACUCUAUCCAUUUAUGGAAUUUUAAGACAGGAUAAUAAAAAUUCAAAUUAAACGGCCAUAGUAAUUGUGUAAAUUCAGUAUGUUUCUCUCAUGAUGGUAUUACAUUAGCAUCUGGUAGUGCGGAUAAUUCUAUCCGUUUAUGGAAUGUGAGAACAGGACAACAAAAAUAAAUUUUGAAUGGUCAUAGUAAGUAAAUUAAUUCACUAUGCUUUUCACCUGAUGGUACUACAUUAGUAUCUGGUAGUUCAGAUAAUUCAAUUGUUUUAUGGAAUGCUCAGACAGGACAAUAACAAUCAUAAUUAAAAGGUCAUUGUGAUUGUAUCAAUACAGUAUGCUUCUCUCCAAACGGUACUACAAUAGCAUCUUGUAGUGAUGAUAAAUCGAUCCGUUUAUGGGAUGUUCAAACAAAAAGCGAAAUAAAAUCUUCUGAUAAAUAUAAAGAAAUUGAAGGAUAUAUGAAAACUCCAUUUUUUUAAUACAAUCAUUACCUAGAAAAUGGUAUUUAUUUUAUUUAUUUGUUAGUUAAUACUAAUGUACCUAUUCUAUUGAUUUCUCAAACUCUAACAUUUCAAGUCCGAAAUGCUUUGAUUCUACAAGGAUAAUUUUCUAAUUAUUUGGGUUUAGACCUUCUACCAUUAUUUAAAUCUAAAGGGAGUUGUAUUUUAGAUAAUUAAAUAGAAUUAAAUAAAAUUGAUUAUUGA